ACACCAUAAAAAUGAACAACCCCACCCAAAACCAGCCCUACCCCCCAAUCUCCCGCGACCAAGUCCCCUGGCUCCUCUUCCGUGUUGAACACCGCCUAAGCUCCAGCUACGGAACCCUAAGUGCCCAAGCCCGCAUCACCCGUACAGUCAACCCCCCAACCCCCGACGACUUCGACCGCCACCUUCUCAACUCAAAAGACUUCCUGACCCCCUUCCUCUCCUACUUUAGCAACUUCCGGCGUGCCCUAUCCCUCUACCGCGCCUUUCGUCUCGAGGGCCGACAGGAAGUCACCAUCACCGCGCUCUGGGCAAGAGACAUGGCAAACAUCUACAAUGCCGAAUCUAUCGCCCAGAGUCUCGGAUUCCGUGACGGCGACGGCGCAAACCCUAGGCGCAUGCUCCGCGACCACAUCGGCGAAUUCCUAAUCCACGGCGGAAUCGUCGAUACAUGCCGCAUCCUGACUAUCUUCCGGGGCAUGAACGCGACACAAACAUCGACACUCAUGACCCCGUCUCCUGGACCAAUCACCAUCCGCGAAGUCGAUGUUGUAUUCCAGUGCGAUGCGUAUCAGGCUGUUGCGACGCUACCAGAGGGGUUUUUGCCGUCGUCGUUGCAGGAUAAUGCGUUGAGGGCGCUGGAUGAGGAGAUUUAUAGGCGGACGGGGGUGCUAAAUGAUUUCUGGAGGGAUAUGAUUGUUAGUGCAGUUAUGGGGAGGCCGGUGAAUUGGACAGGGAGGUUUAUGGGGUUUGAGCAGAUGGGGUUUUUGUUUGGGGAUACGGGACAGAGGGUGGGGCAGUCACCGCUGGGGAUGAAUGAGGGUCAAUAG